UCGCGGCCCUUCUUCCCUCGCUCUCUCUCCCGCUCUCUCUCUCCCGCUCGGCGUCGCUGAGAGGCGGCCAUGGGCACCGUCCACGCGCGGAGUUUGGAGCCUCUUCCAAUGAGCGGACCUGAUUUUGGUGCUAUAGGGGAAGAAGCUGAACUGGUUGAAGUUGAACCAGAAACCAAACAGGAAAUACUGGAAAAUAAAGAUGUUGUGGUUCAACAUGUGCACUUUGAUGGACUUGGAAGGACUAAAGAUGACAUUAUCAUGUAUGAAAUUGGUGACGUAUUCAAGGCUAAAGACCUCAUUGAUGUUAUGAGGAAGUCCCAUGAAGCUCGUGAAAAGCUCCUCCGUCUAGGAAUUUUUAGACAGGUGGAUGUUCUAAUUGAUACGUGUCAAGGAGAUGAUGCCCUUCCAAAUGGCUUAGAUGUAACAUUUGAAGUAACAGAACUGAGAAGAUUAACUGGAAGUUAUAAUACUAUGGUUGGCAAUAACGAAGGGAGCAUGGUACUUGGACUCAAACUACCUAAUAUAUUUGGACGUGCUGAGAAGGUGACAUUUCAGUUCUCCUAUGGCACAAAGGAAACUUCAUACGGCCUCUCUUUCUUCAAACCACAGCCUGGUCACUUCGAAAGAAACUUUUCUCUCAAUCUGUAUAAAGUAACCGGACAAUUUCCUUGGAGUUCUCUUCGUGAAACUGAUAGAGGAAUAUCAACAGAAUUCAAUUUUCCCAUAUGGAAGACCAACCACACGCUAAAAUGGGAGGGUGUCUGGAGGGAGCUUGGCUGUCUUGCAAGAACAGCAUCAUUUUCUGUCCGAGAAGAAAGUGGACAUUCACUCAAGUCGUCUGUGUCUCACGCUAUGGUAAUUGAUUCUCGUAACUCUUCAAUCUUGCCGAGACGAGGUGCUUUGCUGAAAAUAAACCAGGAGUUGGCUGGCUAUACCGGUGGUGAUGUGAGUUUUCUGAAAGAGGACUUUGAACUUCAGUUUAAUAAGAAGCUCUUGUGGGAUUCAGUUUUAUCAACUUCUCUUUGGGGUGGAAUGUUGGUUCCUAUUGGAGACAAACCAUCAAGUAUUGCUGAUAGAUUUUAUCUUGGUGGACCAACAAGUGUGCGUGGAUUCAGUAUGUACAGCAUUGGACCACAGAGUGAAGGGGAUUACCUGGGAGGUGAAGCUUACUGGGCUGGAGGUCUGCAUUUGUACACUCCUCUCCCUUUUCGGCCUGGCCGGGGAGGAUUCGGAGAUCUGUUCAGAACACACUUCUUUCUCAACGCUGGCAACCUCUGCAAUCUUAAUUAUGGUGAAGGUCCUAAGGCUCAUCUUCGUAAACUAGCAGAGUGCAUCCGGUGGUCUUAUGGUGCUGGAAUAGUUCUCAGACUUGGAAACAUUGCUCGAUUAGAACUCAAUUAUUGUAUCCCAAUGGGAGUACAAAGUGGGGACAGAAUAUGUGAUGGAGUUCAGUUUGGAGCUGGAAUAAGAUUCUUGUAAUGUCACAGUCAUUUCAUAAUAGCACUGGGCCAGAAUGAGCUCCUGAGUUCAACAGUGGCACAAAGAUGUCCCAGAGGAUUUUACCAAAAUAUAAUUAUGUAUGAAGGGUUUACUUCAAUAAAGAAACUUGCUUUAAAAAGUCCCAUAA